AUGAGGCAAAUCCCAUAUUACUCCCGCGAUGUCGACUUCGACGACCUCGCCAAACGAGACCCCGACUUCGCCUCCAUCUCCCAACAGGGCAAACGCGACGGCUUCAUAAAUUUCCAAGACCCCCAAAUCGUGCAACAACUCACCAAAUCCCUCCUCAAACAAGACUUUGGUCUCAAAAUCUCCCUCCCCGACGACAGACUCUGUCCCCCGAUCCCCGUGCGCUGGAACUACGUGCGCUGGAUCCAGGACCUGCUGGAUACGAGCAGCGAAGACUAUACCGAGAAUUUCGAUCCGGCGCGCCGAGUCACGGGGAUGGAUAUCGGGAUCGGGGCGUCGUGUAUUUAUGGGUUGCUGGCGUGUUCCGCGAGGGAGGGGUGGCGGAUGAUGGGGUCGGAUGUGGAUGGGCAUUCGCUUGGGUGGGCGGAGCGGAAUGUGGAGAUGAAUGGGUUUGGGGAGAGGAUUCGAUUGCAUCAGACGGGGAAAGAGGGGCCUCUGCUUCCUCUGGAUGAGAUGGGUAUCGACUCGCUUGACUUCGUCAUGACGAAUCCGCCCUUCUACACCUCGCACGCGGAAUUUUUGGCCAGCUACAACUCCACCACGGACACCACGCCCUCGGCCAUCACGACAGGUUCCGAAAACGAAAUGCUCACUCCCGGCGGCGACGUUGGAUUCGUCACGCGGCUGCUCACCGAAUCCCUCCGCCUUCGAGAGAGAGUGACAUGGUACACGGCGAUGCUCUCGAAACUCUCCUCCCUCCAACAAAUCAUCUCCCUCUUCAAGAAAAACGACAUCACCAACUUCGCCGUCACGAGCCUCCACCCCGGCCAUCGGACGAAGCGGUGGGCGGUCGGGUGGAGUUUCGGGGAUCUUAGACCUCGGAAUGAUGUGGCGAGGCAUGGGGAGUUGGUGUUGAGUGUGUUGCCUUUGAGGAGUGCGUGGACUGUGGAGGUGAGUGGGAGGGAGAGGAGGGGUGUUGGGGAAAGGGUUAGGGAGGUGCUGGAGGGGUUGGAGGGGGUGAGGUGGGCUUGGAGUGGGGUGCAGGAUGCGGGGGUGUUGGAGUGUUGGGGGAAUGUUUGGGGGAGGAAGGCGAGGAGGAGGAAAGUGAGAGAAGGGGAGGGGGGUGGGGAGAGGGUGGUGGGUGAGGGGCCUGUGAAGUUGGCUGUGAAAGUUAUGUGUAGGGAUCAGGAGGUCGAGGUCAGGUGGUUGAGAGGGAACGACUAUACGCUCUAUGAGAGUUUCUGUGGGAUGAUGAAGCGGGCGAUGAAGGAGGACGAAGGAUGA